UUUUAGGUUUAUCAUAAAAUACCUGGAUGUUUGUGUCAUGAUUUUACAUUUCCAUUAAAAUCAAAAUUGUAUUCAUUGUUUGCAUAUGAACUAUCAGGAAAUUAUUUGGACAUUCAAAAAUACUAAAUUUUCUGUAAUACAGCCGUGAAGACACCAAUAAGUGAACUGUGUAAGAUUCCAAAAAGUAAGCUGAAGCAUCUGUUUUUUAGGGUUAUAUUUUUAUGGUUUCAGCAAAUAAUAUGGUAAGAGUUCCAUAGGAUAUAUAUUUUUUAAAGAAUAUGUGUUGAAGAUAUGCUAAAAUACUAAAAAUUAUUAAAGAAAUACAAAAAUAAUCGACAUAAUAAAAACUUAAGCCUUCAUAAAGAAUUGGAAAAAGUGAAAAUGCCGCAAUAGUUAUAAAUUGGUACAAAUUUUCCAGGAAUUUGCUCUAAGGCUAAUAUUUGAAGAGCUGAAAACGUGUUUAAAUGGUAUUUUCUAAGAUGUAACUCUAGAACACCCAACAAGUAAAUUUCACUCUGUUCCCAAAAAUUUGCUGGUAAUACAAAAAAAUAAAAAUGAAAAAUACCUCAAUGCACAUCAACAGUUUGGUAUGUGCCAGUUAGGAUUAAGUGUCUUUAAUCUAUUGCAGUGCUUUAUGGAGAAAAGAAAACAUAGAUAAAUAUAUAGCAUAGUGCUUAGCACAUGCUAGCUAUCAUUGAUGAAUUAAUGAGUGCUUAUGUAAAUAACAAAUUAGGCGUGUACAUAAAUGGCUUAUGACAUUUUUUAAAAGCCGUUGUGGGCCGGGGCGGUGGCGCUGUUGCCGCCGCGGCGUGUGAGGCAGCCCCUCCCCUCCGCCCCGGCCCCGUUCCUCCUCCUCUCUCCGCUCCCUCCAUCCUCCCUCCCCUCGCGGGCUCUCGCCCGAGGGAAUGUGGCGCGGCCGCGCGGGAUGCAGCCUCGGCCCCUGCGGCGGCCCCGCCAGCUCGAGAGAAGACAGAGCUGCCGCCUGCGCCCGCCCCUGCGCGUCUCGGGCAGCCACCGCCGCUGCGGAAGGAGAACUAGCAGGGCAGCGGAGGGACGGGGCGGGAACACGGGAGAGGGAGAGGAGCGUUCGAGGGCGAGGACGGAAAGCGGGGAGGGACGGACGGACGCCCGGGCAGGGGCCGCCACUGAGCCUGCCCGACUCCUCGGCUCCGCUCCGGGCGGCGGCGGCAGCGGCGUCGCGGACGAAGGGCGCGGCAAGCUCUAUGGAGACAAUAGCCCCGCCGCGCGGCUCUGGGGGCGGCCGAGGCUCGCCGAGCGCCCGGGCAGCGUCCUGGCCCCCGCCGGCCGGGUGCCGCUGCCGUCCGGUGUGCGGGGCGCGCCGGUUGCCCGAGCCCGAGGCUCCCGGCGGCCGUCCCUUCCCCUCCGCCUCCCCGGUGUGCGCCGCGCUGCUUUUCCGGGUUCCCCUGGACGGAGCUGGAUUCUGCUUCCCGCCAAGGCAGGAAGUGAGUUUCGCACUGCAAUUCCGGCCAGUGUCACCAGUGAAAAGUUUUUUUUUUUUUUUCGGCGGAGAUCCUACUUGGCGCUGGGAAACUCCUGCAAAACUAGAGACCAGGAAGCCAGCCCGCACCGCAACCCCCACCAAAGGCACCUACUCUUCUCGGGAGGCCAGUCCACAUCCGCUCUCACCCGAGAGAGAAGUUCCGCUGGAUCCAAAGUGACUAAUGAAGGGAAGGAAAUCAUGUCAAGCCAAGCCUUGAAAAAGCUGCCCUGAGACGCUGUCCCGCCGAAAGGUGUUGAUCCCAAGUGAACCCGACUUAAGGCCUCCCCAUCUGCAGAACACAAUCUCAAGGAAGAAUUUAAGGGGAAACCCAUCUACAUAGUUUGGCGUUCUGUAAAGAAUUGCCAUGCUACUCCUGAGGAUCUAGGAUAAUACCGAAAGCAGCACAUAUGGGGCACAAGAUUUCCAACACUUUAAAGCUUAAUGCUUUGCAAGUAUGUUUUGAGGCUUCUUUAAAAGUUUAUGGAUCCUGCCCAGAGCUGGAGUCGGAGGCCUGGAGGCUGCCCCCGAGAGUGCCCGCGAGCCCGCGGCCCAGCCGAAGCUCUUUCCCGCCGCCUCUCCGCCCCUCGUCCCUGUCCAGCCCUGCCCGACCCCCCACCCAGUCCGGUCCCCUGACCCUCAGUCCGGCCCGGUCUGGCCUCCCAGCAGGGUCACGCAGCCGCCCGGGGAGGAUGAAAGGAGGAUAAAUGGGCGCAAGGCAGACAGCGGCCUUCCUGCUGCUCUUCCCGCUCGUGCUGUCACAGCCGCUGGGGCCAGUGGAGCCCCUCUGCGGAGACAGGCUCUGCGUCCAGCACCUGCUCCGGGUCACGCUCUGGGGAAGCAGGAGUCGCACGGCUGUCUCAGCCUUGGAUUUGACUUUGGCCUCAUCCACCUCGGGGCCACGCGAGAACCACGUGGGUUACCAAGUUCAAGGGGAGAGAGAGGAAACGGACGAAAACGGCGGCCCAUCUGGGACUGCCUUCCUUCUCUGGCUCCACCCUUGACUUCUUCAGAGCUGGGGCUUGAAGCCUUGAGCUCCAUGUUACUCCCUGGGCCGCAAGAAGCUCACUAGGCCCACUAUUCAGAGUAGUGUCUCUGGAGGCUGUUGGGGGGGCCCUUCCUCUGUCUCCCCGGUCGACGGCUCGCCGGGGAUACCCAGGAUUGCCGACUGCCUGGACAUUUGCAUUUCUGCCCCCUCGGGUUUUGUCUCAGGCUGUGCCUGCGGCUGUGCCUCUGCCUCAGGCUCCAGCUUGGUGGCAGACUUCUUGUCAGAGACAGGUUCGGGGGUCCACAAGGGUUCAAUUCCCCGGGAACUCUCCCCCUCCUUGCUGAUGGCCACAGAGGGAGAUCCCCAUGCCUUGGGCUGCAUCCAGCAGUGGCUGAGGAUCUCGUCGAUACGGAGCCGCCUGUUGACGUCGGGCUGCAGCAUGCGGUCGAUGAGGUCCUUGCACUCGCCUGUCAGGUGCUUGGAUCGUGGAAAGUUGAGGCGGUGCUCCUUCUGGAUAUGCAGCAUCUACUUGACGUUGGAAUCGUCGUAGGGCAUGGAGCCGCAGACCAUGAUAUAGAGGAUCACGCCUAGGCUCCAGAUGUCAUACGCCUUGGGCUGGUAGGGAAUGCCCUGCAGCACUUCUGGGGCUGCAUACGCUGGUGACCCGCAGAAGGUCUUGCUUAAUGCCAUUCGACCACUGUCAUCCCACAGGCAGCGCUUGGAGAAGCUGAAGUCAGACAGCUUGAUGUUGAAGUCCUUGUCGAGGAGAAGGUUGUCACACUUGAGGUCCCGGUGGACGACAUCCAGGUCAUGACAGUACUUGAUGGCCAAGGAAAGCUGGUGGAACUUCUUGUGAGCUUCAUCCUCAUGCAGGGCUCCCCGGGUUUUGAUUAACUCAAGGAGGUCGCCCUGGACCGCAAGCUCCAUGACGAUGUAGACCUUGCCAUGUGAUGUCUCGAAGAUCUCGUAGGUCUUGAUGAUGGAGCAGUGGUUUACCAUGGCCAGAAUCUCAAUUUCCUGGGGAAGGAAUUUCUCCAAGAAGUCUGCGGGGGCUUUCUUGCGGUCAAUGAUCUUGAUCGCCACAUUGAACUUCAGGCGCUCAGAGUAAGCAGAUUUUACUUUUGCAUAGGAGCCCUCUCCCAAAUUUCUCCCCAGGAGGUAGCCUCAUCGCUUGAGGACAGCGGCAUCAUCCAUGGUCCCAGGAGUGCCCAGUGCCUCUGAGGCUGCCCUCUACAGCCCUGAGGCGCAUGGGCCAGCAGUGUGCUCAUUUACCUCCUGGACAGAGAGUCCUUUGGGCUGGCCAGGCCUGCUGUUCCUGCCUCCUAGAGGCCAAGACUCUGGAGUGGAACAUUGGGCACUGUCUCCCAGGUGACCAGUCAGUGAAGUCACAAAGGAGGAGUGCCCUGGGGGUGGGAGGAAGUCCCAUCCCUGACCUCUUUUUCUCCCCUUCAGCCCUUGACGCUGUCUACACAGGCGACCCUCAGGGGUGCAGAGCAGGGCCAAGGAGGGUGCUGUGUCAAGAAGGUAGAAAGUCUCCUGGCCCUGGAGUCAUGUAGUUUGAGAUGUCUGGAUUCUGCCCCCUCACUAUACAUCUCUUACCUUGUCUGAGCCUUUGAUGGCUUCUUACAGCAGCUCUGUGGGAAGACAAGCAGCAGGAGUUCUGCUCUUGGCUGUGAGCUCCCUCCUGGGGACCUGCCCAGCCACAGCCCUGGCUGGGCUCCCAGGGCAGAUCUGGGGCUGGGGGCUGAAGGUGGGACCUGGAUGCCACCCUGAGCACUGGCGGCUCCUCUGAGGACAUUACAAGCAGCAAGGGCAGCACUGGACAGCGACCAUCGUUUCUGCUGGCAGUGGAGCCUCUGCUAUGACUGGUUCUGUGUCCAGCACCUGCUCUGGGCCACACUGUCCGGGAGAAGGAGUUGCACGACUGUCCUAGCCUUCAAUUUGACUUUGGCCUCAUCCACUUAGAGGGGUUUCAGGCACAGCUGAGCAGCAGUAACAUCGACACAGAGACCUGAAGACUGACAACAGACUCUCGCAGUAAGAUACAACACGCUCUGAAAGAAACUGAAGUAUUUUACUAUCAAACAGAUUUCUUUGACAUAUUUUGAAACGGUUCUGCAAAGCUGUCUCUUGUGAGGAAAAUCUACAUUCUGUAAAGAAUCUCCUUCCCUUUCCAGGUCUUUUCUACUAAGAGAAUUAACUAAUUCUUAUAAGAAACAUUAACAGUGUGUUCUUUCUGAAGCCUGAUACCUGGAGGCUUCAUCUGCCUAAGAACCUUGGUCCCCAGAGACAGUUCCUCCUCUUGGUUCCAGGUCUUUAGAUAAACUCUUUGAGCCAGUUGCCAAUCAGAAAAUCUUUGAAUCCACAUGACCCGGAAGCCCAACUCCCACUUUCAAGUUGUCCCUCCUCUUCCGACUGAACCCAUGUAUACCUUACAUGUACUGAUUGGUAUCUCGUGCUUCCCUAAAAUGUAUAAAACCAAGUUGUCCCUACCCCCUUGGGCACUUGUUGUCAGGAUCUUCUGGGGCUGUCCUGGGCCAUUAAUCACAUAUUGGCUCAGAGGAAAUCUCUUUAAAAAAAAGUUUAUUUAUAUUGCUGUCUACAAUGAAAAAUAUCCAAUGUUAUGUUUACUCUUUGUAAUUAAAUGCUAAAAAAUUUAUUUUGAAAAAAUAAAUAAUAAAAAAAAAAAUAAAAGCCUUUGUGAUAUGAAGCAAAUGAACCUCUUACAUUGUUGAUGGGAAUAAAAUGAUACACAAAUGUUAGAAAACAAAACCUGGCGGCUUCUUUUAAAGUAAAAUAUAUCCUUGGCAUAUGACCUAGCAAUUCCACUCUUAUUUAGUCAAGGAAAACGUAUUCACCCAAGACCUGUAUAUUAAUAUGCAUAGUUGCUUUAUUCAUGAUAGCCAAAACUAGAAACAACCGAAAUGUUCAUCAAGUGAGUGGAUAAACAAACAGGAUCCAUACAGUAGAAUACUUAACAGUAAAAAGGAACAAACCACUGAUAAAUGCAGCAACAUGGACAAGUACAUACUGUAUGUUUACAUCUAUUUGAAGUUUCAGAAAAGGGGACUUGCCUAAUAAAAGCAGAUCACUGGUUGCCUGAGGCCAGGAGGGAGUGAGGAAUUGACUGCAAAGAAAAACGAGAGAACUUUUGGAGUACUGGAAAUAUUUUACAUCUUCUUUGGAGUGGUGGUUACAUUGGUAUAUAAAUUUGUCAAAACUCAUCCAGUGCAUGAUCCUGAAAGCAAAAAAUGCAUUUUAAAGGGGUACAUUUGCCGGGCGCGGUGUCUCACGUCUAUAAUCCCAGCACUUUGGGGCGCCGAGGCAGGUGGAUCAUGAGGUCAGGAGAUCGAGACUAUCCUG